CAAAGCUUCCCCUGCAGACAAUCAUGCGGCUCUUACAGGUGCUGGUCCCUCAGGUGGAGAAGAUCUGCAUUGACAAAGGUCUCACCGAUGAAUCUGAGAUCCUCAAGUUCUUGCAGCAUGGCACACUGGUGGGGCUGCUACCUGUACCUCACCCCAUCCUCAUUCGCAAGUACCAGGCUAACUCGGGUACUGCCAUGUGGUUCCGGACCUACAUGUGGGGAGUUAUUUAUUUGAGGAAUGUGGAUCCCCCUAUCUGGUAUGACACAGAUGUGAAGCUGUUUGAAAUUCAACGGGUCUAAGAGGGCACUUACCUCUACUAAGAGAAAUACACUGGAUCUAAGGACUGCUGUGUGCUGCUUCAUCACAGCUAUUCCUGCAUUUCACAUCCAGCUGAGAGACCAAAAGGACAAUCACUUCAUUUACCUCCCUGUCAUUUAAAGCUUUAAUUGGGACCUGCUUGGACAUCCCUCCCCCCAGCUCACUUCUCUUCCCUCACCCUUCACCAUGACCCUUGAGUCAUGUCUAAGGGAUUGUCCAUUGUUGUGGUUGCACUAGAAAUCAGACCAUUCUUAGCUCUUCUGUUACUCUUUUGCUCCUGGAUGUGGUUCGGAAACCAAUCUGACCCUGUCCUUGCCCUGGUCAGACUCAGUGUCUAAUUGGAAAAAGACUAACUGUAAAUUGGGUACAAGGGAGAAGCUGCUAUUCCUGCAGGAGAUGGGGUUUGGAAACAGCAGUUACUUUUAUGUGGCUCCAUAAAGUUUCUGGGGCAUCCCUUCUGGCUGCAGGUGUCUCCCUGGUGUCUCAGUUGCAUAUUGGUGGGGCAGUCUUUCCCAUCCAAAUGAAAGGAGAAUUUGCUGAAGGAAAACUUUGUCUCUGUUCUGAAUCUCUCUACUCCUUUCCUGGAAAGCUGCUGAAGAAGUUUUGUAGUAGCUGGUGCUUUGGUAUGGCGUGAGAAGUUUUUCCUUGGCUUCCAGGCCCAGCAGCCUGUCCUUCAUGGUGGGCUGUUGCGAUGGAGUGUGUGUCACUUUGGAAAGCCCUGGUUAAUCCAUGCGAGC